UCAUCGUUGGUGUUGUGACUUUCUCUCCGCGUGACGUUCUCGCGCGUUCGAUGAGCGCAUCGCAGACUGUCGGAACGCGUCUGAGUUGAUCAUGGAGUGGACGAAUUUGCUCUCAGCGAAUGAGGGCCUGAAGCGGGCGGCUGUCAUAGCCGCAGUCGGAGCAGGAUCCAUUUACGUAGUGUACAACCUGCUCGACACUUACAUCACUCGCUCACCAGGAACAGGCCCGGCUGAGGGUCAGCGAGCGGUGCGUUCCUCUCGGCUAAGAUCCACUACACCUCUGAAGCAAAACGGGAGCUCGACGAAACACACGAGCCUGCACCAAUCGCCAACAUGUACGUCGCCGGCGCCGAUGUCCGUGAGGGAAUCGCUGGAAAUCGCACGCAAUCUCUCGCAGUCCCCCACUCCCCCCCUUCCUCUAGUGGACGAAUGUCUUGAUAUGUCCCAUCCGAUUGAGGAGCAAACCGAUCAGUUGACCGAGCUUGUCGAAGAUCUGAAGUACAACGGAGCUCGUCUCAUCGACGGAGACGAAGUCGAUUGUCUCGGCUUCCUCCUCACAACCGACGACGAGAGUCUCUUAUGCGAGACAUUGGGCAUCCUGAGUAAUUGUGCAGCUUUCACACCAAACCAGGACCAAUUCCGUGAGAAAGGGGUCCUGAACCAAGUGAAGAAACUCACUCGACACGAAAACGACGUGAUCAAAGUGCAAGCGCUGACAGCGACGUCGAAUCUGUGCGUCAACAACGAGAACCAGGCCGAAUUUUUCGAUGAAAUCCCCCAUUAUCUGAAAUUAGCAUUCCAGGAUGGCACGAGUAUGGUCUCAUUGGUGGCGUUGUACGUCCUGACAAAUCUCACGGUGAAGUUUGGCUCCAAUCCAGAAAUUCUCAAGCACACGGGAUCUCUCGCAUCCAAAGCAGUAUGUGCCGCCAAAGAUGAGUCUCUGCAGGCAAUGAAGAUACUUGUUAAUAUUUCUUGUGAAGAAGAAGGGGCGGAACACCUUGUCAAGGCCGAUCUACGGGACGAUUUCUUCGAUUUGAUUCGAUCCGAACCUCCGAUUUCACAGCGCUGUCUGACAUUGUUGGCGAAUCUAAUACCAAAAAUCGCGGAAGGUUCUCCCAUGGAGAAUCGCGUCAUCCAGUUGAAAGGAGACAUGUUGGACAUGUGGCGUCGGGACGAUCUGGAAGACGCCCAGAAAGAUCAGCUCCGCAGAGCUUUGAAAGCUCUCUCUGUACGGGGCUGGGGACGUCUAUCGGAGAGCACGAUGGACCUAGUUAACAAACAAGAAUGAAGACCGCGGCCUUAAUUCACAAUCAAAGUAGCAUCGGCGAAUCGGGAUUGUUGUCUAGACUCGAUCGCGUACGCAAACGAGGUAUCUACUUCGAGAGUAGCGUACUCUCACGCCUCAUCCUCGUAGGUACUCUUCACGAAGAGAAACAAUAGCCUGAGGACCGGAUUCGUAGACGAAGUCCCGAACGAACCUUCGGACGCCAGCUCAGGGUUCAUUCGUUAAUUGCAAUCGACCAUAUUUGUCUAGUACCUUACUGUGCUGUCACAGAGUCGGAGUGUUGGUUUCUUAAGAGGACUUGAGCCUCGAACGAGGACUGCGACGCGUACUUCUUUGAGAGACGCCGUCGAGACCGACGUGAACUCAUAUUGAAUAAAUCAAAAUAAAGACCUUG